AUGGCCAACUGGCACGACUUACGAAUUCAACAAUACGAGCAAUCGAUCAUUGUGAAAGGCAACCCGGCGCUGGCACUGGGUCCUCUAUCUCGAGGUUUCAAUGCUGUUUUGUUCUGGACAAUCCUGUAUUUUUACAAUGUCGACUCGGUCACUAUGCUCUUCUGGGCAAUCGCACUGGUGUUCAGCGUUUGGAACAUCCGACCGAGAUGGCUUCAACGAUGGCAAGGCGUCAUCAGCUGGAUUUCCAAGAUACUGGCGGUAGUGCUGCCUGCCAUGUUUUCAGCACUGCGAAAAGGCUUUCAAGUCAAUGCUGGUUUCGUUGGUACCUUGAUCUUGAUGAAUUUACUGAUGCUUGUGAGUUUCGCGUUCGGCGCAAUCUGUGUCAUCCUCAUCCUUUUCAAGUAUCUGCGAGCCAAGAUGGGAUUUGAUAGUUAUGCAUCUGCAUCAGCAUCGAAGUCAUACGCAAUCGACAGUGUGGCGGCAGUUGAGAGCACAACCAGUCGAGUGGGACGCUCAGCGCCCAAGGGAGUCAGAGCGCGAGUAAAGAUCUACUCUUACCGUUAA